ACUGACACGCACAACAGCAUCACUGCAAUUCAACAGAAACGAUGAGUUUUGUUUUAAGACAGACAGAAAGAUAAAGGGAGGAAGAAGAGGACGGAGCUGGAUAUAACGGGUGGUGUAUAUUUGCGUAGGCGUGCCCGUGAGGAAGCGGUUACUGUAUACUGUACAUCGGCUUAUUGGCAGAGGCCAAGUUCAUUCUUGUUCACCCUCCACCAUGUGACUGCCGGUAACAGGACUUCAUCAGACUACAAAGCCUCAAAACUCAGCCUCGGACCUGUUUAUUACUUAUUGCAUGGCUCUGUUGACUGCUACGUGUGUCCGCGUUUUCUGGAAGUUCCGCGUAAAGAAGAGAAAAAGAUGUUUUGGUUCAUGCAAGGACUGUGCUUUCUGCCUGCGUUUUUGGUCAUCUGGUCCUCCAGCACCUUCAUCAUCUCAUACCUCAUAGCGAUUUUCAGGCAUGAUGUCGAUUUAAUCUUUCCAUACAUAAGUGACACAGGUGCAAACCCCCCAGAGAGCUGCAUUUUUGGCCUGAUGACCUUCAUUUCUGCCUGUGCAGGGAUCGUCACCAUAUACGCCAGAUACAAGUUUGUGGAGAAGCUGAGCGAGGACACAGGGAUGGUGAAGCCAUGUGUGAAUAAAACUGCCCUGGUGUUUGGACUGAUCUCCUGUGUGGCCAUGUGCAUUGUUGCAACUUUCCAGGAAACAACAGUGACUGUAGUUCAUGAUAUGGGAGCUCUGCUGUUCUUUGUCUCUGGUGUCUUAUACAUCAUUGUCCAGUCUGUCAUAUCCUAUCAAGCCUAUCCAUUUGGAUCCUCUGUGUGGGUUUGUCGAGCUCGUGUGACCAUCGCCUCCCUCGCUGCUUUGGCGUUUUUCCCCACUGUAAUCUGUGCGUUUUUUGUGAAGCAAACCACACUGCACAGAGACAAAGGCGAUCAGGACUAUCCUUUCCAUGUGGCCAGCGCUGUGUGCGAGUGGAUCGUCGCCUUCAGCUUCAUCUGCUUCUUCCUCACAUACAUCGAUGAUUUUAAACUGUUUACCUUACAAGUGAAAACAGAGUACCAGGAGUAGCCCUCAUCUCCCAACUCCAGCAGAGCCUUGUAUGAAUGUCAGUAUUUUCAGGGCUCCUUGGUUCUGUGAGGCUUUUAUGCUUUUAUAUUUUUGUACACAAGGCAUUUAUAACAUCACAUGUUAUGUGCUACCUGACUGAAUUUGUGAGUAGAACAGGUACUUUUUACAUUGUUAUUUAUAUAUUUUGUACAACUGGCUGUCUGUCAGGUGUGACGUUAUAGAAAAGAAAUAACUGACCGCAGCCUGUAUCUUUAUACUUUUUAUACAAUCACGUCAUUUUCCAAGUGUACCUAUUGCCACGUGUGUUCAGUCAAAUGUCACUUUGCACUUUGCACUCUUGACUCUUGCCACACCAGCGUGACACAUCCUGUCAGAACCUGUGACUGCUAAUAAGAGAAGUUCAUCACACAGUGAACACAUGAUUGCUGCACAUGUGGUUCAGUGAGAAAAAGUCAAACUACAUGUCGUUUUGUGGGUGAUGAGAAACUAACUGAGGUGCCACACUGAUACUGUACAGAGCUGCGUGAAAUAUGACUUCAGAUGGGAACAUUAUUCAAGUGCUGCCAGUUCCUUAACAGAAGUUGUGUUUCUUUAGAUCGAUGUACUGUUAUGACAAACAAAUAAGGGAAAAAAACUCUUUCUGUGGAAUUCAGAGUUGUACUUUAUGUACACUCCUCAUGCUAAAUGGUAUCAGGUGAUACUGCUAUGUGGUUCUACAGUGCAGCUAUGGAUGUCAUUUUGAAUGUCCUGUACACAGGCUAUUUAAUAGUAGGAAUUAGUUAAGUUAAUUAGUUUGCUCAGUACGAUUGCCAAAUUUAAUUACUAUAAUAAACAGGAACUGAAGCUGGUUUGAAUUAAAGAGGUUUGUUCAUUGUGCUUUAACGUCAGCCUUCAAAUAUGGUUCCCAACUUUUUUUUUCUUUUUUUCUUUUUUUUUUUUGCUUGUGAUCGCUGAGAACAAAAUGAUUUGUCUUCUUGCGACUCCUCAUCAGUUUAAUCUUAAGCAGUUUAACUCAGGACAGACUUUUCCUCCUCAAAUUGUUUGAUUGGCAGGAUUUUAAGAGGCCCAAAGAGGCACAGUAUUCAGCAUUACAUAAGUCUGAAAAAUGCAUUUGUCACUUAUCUUUUUCAACUCUUGACCCCUUACAUUUUUACCUGCCUUAGAUUAUACUGCCAGUACUGUAGCUGUUAUAUUUGCACUCACACAAGUAAAAUCACUGGCGACACUAGAAGAGCUAGGUGUAGAAAGACAGAGGCAUGUGUUGGCUGACAGACAGUGGAAGCAGUCUUUUGACUAGAACUGGUGAUUAAACUCUCUCCAUGGGCAGAGUUAACAUACAGUAUUCCACAGAAAGAAAGAAAUCCUGUGCUGUAAUGUGUAUGAAUGAACUUUUUCACUACAGAUACUGUAUUUACAAGGGAAAUAUUAAGUUUUUACUCAGUUACGUCUGUUUUUUUUUUUGCUUGUGAUAUAAUGUACUGCACAGAUUAUAAUGGCCUGCUCAGCUGAAAAAUAAAGAUGCACUUUUUUUUUAAAAAGCAAA